CAAACGCUGUGAGCGUUGUACGGUGCUGGGCCCGGAGUGAUCACCCCGCUUCAUAAAUCACUUCCUUAUUUUUUUUAAAAGAACAAAUAUAUUUAUAUUUUUAACUAUAGCGUGCAGGAAAGGACCAACCCGCUGUGAGAAAGGGGCAUUUUUAUAAGUAAUGUCGAAUCCCGGAGCUCGACGGAACGGGUCAAGCAUUAAAAUCCGGCUGACAGUGUUGUGUGCAAAAAAUCUGGCCAAGAAGGAUUUCUUCAGAUUACCUGACCCUUUUGCCAAAAUUAUUGUUGAUGGCUCUGGGCAGUGUCACUCGACAGAUACAGUGAAAAACACGCUUGAUCCAAAAUGGAACCAACACUAUGACUUGUACAUUGGAAAAGCAGACUCAAUUACUAUAAGCAUAUGGAAUCACAAGAAAAUACAUAAGAAACAGGGAGCUGGCUUCCUGGGUUGUGUUCGGCUGCUAUCAAAUGCCAUCAGUAGACUAAAGGAUACUGGCUAUCAGCGGUUGGAUCUAUGCAAGCUCAAUCCCACAGACAGCGAUACAAUAAGAGGACAAAUAGUUGUAAGUUUACAAACUCGAGAUCGAAUAGGAACAGGUGGUCCUGUUGUCGAUUGCAGAGGAAUAUUGGAUAAUGAUCUUCCAGAGGGGCCACUUUUUGAGGAUUCUGGACCUGGAAGGCCGCUAAGCUGUAUAAUGGAAGACACAGUACAAUUUACAGACAUGACUGGUGCUGCUGGUGGAGGAAACUGCCAGAUGAUAGAGUCUCCAAACCAGGAUCAGAGACUGCAGACACAGCGAAUCCGAAACUUUGGUGUUCGAGUUCAAAUGCACACGCCACAGAGCCGGCCUCAUGGCCAUCAAUCUCCUGUACUACCAGAGGGAUAUGAGCAGCGAACUACGGUACAGGGACAAAUUUAUUUUCUGCAUACACAGACUGGAGUCAGCACUUGGCAUGAUCCCCGAAUACCAAGAGAUCUUACAAAUUUUAACUAUGAUGAGCUCGGUCCUUUGCCUUCUGGGUGGGAAGUCAGAAGUACAGUGUCAGGAAGAAUAUAUUUUGUAGAUCACAACAAUCGAACUACACAAUUUACAGACCCCAGACUGCACCAUAUAAUGAGCAAUCCAACUCAACUGAAGGAAUCAAAUCAGACGUUGCCAGUGCCAGCUGAGGUACCAGUGGAAGAAGGAGAGGGAGAAUGGUCUGUCCCACGAUGUGAACGAGAUCUGGUACAGAAGUUGAAAGUCCUGAGGCAUGAGCUUGCCUUGCAGCAACCGCAAGCAGGGCACUGCCGUAUUGAAGUCUCCCGGGAUGAAAUCUUUGAGGAAUCAUACCGACAAGUGAUGAAAAUGAGACCAAAGGACUUAAAGAAGCGCUUAAUGGUUAAAUUUAGAAGUGAAGAGGGCCUGGAUUAUGGUGGAGUAGCCAGGGAGUGGUUGUAUUUGCUCUGUCAUGAAAUGUUGAAUCCUUACUAUGGGCUGUUUCAGUAUUCAACUGAUAAUAUCUACACACUACAAAUCAAUCCAGAUUCAGCUGUCAACCCUGAGCACUUGUCCUACUUCCAUUUUGUGGGUCGGAUAAUGGGAUUGGCUGUCUUCCAUGGACACUACAUUAAUGGAGGUUUCACAUUACCAUUCUAUAAGCAGCUGUUAGGAAAACCUAUCCAGUUAUCAGACUUGGAAACUGUGGACCCAGAAUUGCACAAGAGCCUGGUUUGGAUCCUUGAAAAUGAUAUCACGCCUGUACUUGAUCAUACAUUUUGUGUUGAACAUAACUGUUUUGGUCGAAUUAUUCAACAAGAGCUGAAACCAAAUGGCAGAAACGUUCCUGUAACAGAAGAGAAUAAGCGAGAAUAUGUGAGGCUUUACGUGAACUGGAGAUUUAUGAGAGGAAUUGAGGCACAGUUUCUGGCUCUACAGAAGGGAUUUAAUGAGCUUAUUCCACAGCAUCUCCUUAAACCUUUUGAUCAGAAAGAAAUUGAGCUUAUUAUUGGUGGGUUGGGGAAGAUUGACAUAAAGGACUGGAAAGCCAACACACGCCUAAAGCAUUGUACGUCUGACAGCAACAUUGUGAAGUGGUUCUGGCAAACAGUGGAGAUGUUUGAUGAGGAAAGAAGAGCACGACUACUUCAGUUUGUAACUGGUUCUUCCAGGGUACCUCUGCAGGGAUUCAAGGCACUACAAGGUUCUACAGGUGCUGCAGGCCCAAGACUUUUUACCAUCCAUUUGAUUGAUGCCAACACAGAAAACCUUCCCAAAGCACAUACAUGUUUUAAUCGUAUAGACAUCCCUCCUUAUGAGUCUUAUGAAAAGCUUUAUGAAAAAUUGUUGACAGCAGUCGAAGAGACAUGUGGCUUUGCAGUGGAGUGAAGUACAUGAGUGCUUUUGAAGCUGUUAGAAACACUACAGAAAGGAAGUUCUGCGAGCAUCAUGAUGAGCAGCGCACUAUGUAACUGAGAGAACUAACAAUUUACUCACAUGGUUGCUAUAACUUACAAAUGAUAUAAUGACGCUGAUCGCUCAAAACAGAAAGGCAGUAGGAUUUCGAAAAGAGGAAACCAGGAAGCUCACAAUGUGAAGAAGAAACUGAUUCUGUUUGACAGAAAAUGGACCUGUUUCAGUUGUAUCAUACAUUUUUAAGUUGUGUGCUUGAACUUUAUUUCAAAAACUUUGCACAGUAAACAAUGACAGAUCCUUGCACAUUUCACUUCCUUCCUUAUAUUCCUUUAACCAUUCACCCUGCCAUUAGCCUCAAAAUGUGGUCCAAUGGAAACUUUUCAUUCUUCCAAAAGCUGAAACUGGCAUUUAAAAAUACUGGAUGCUAAACUAGAAAUAGUUCUUUUUCUAGCUUGAGUAUUCUUUUUUUAUCAGUCUUUCAGCGCAGACAGUAACUAUACUUGGUGCGUUUUAAUCAAAUCAGAUUAUUUUUAUCUAUAUUUUGUUAAAAGAAUUGGAUUCC